GCUAUUGUAUAAUGUUUAUAUCAUACCGACGACACUAAUGGAGAGUACCAAACCACCUGGGCAGGCCCGAGCAGGAAACUAGUAUAUUUGUCUUACUCAUAGUAUUGUGUUGGGAUUCUAUUUGCUUUCGCAUAAUUUAAAAUAUAAAUACUUUAUUUUUACUCUAUAAAAACUGAAUAUUAUUUUGAUGACAAUAAAAAAAAAUUAUUAGAAUCAAUCAAAUUUUCUGGUUCUAUCAAAUUCCUAUUCCAUAAAAAUAUAAAUGCAGUUUUUAUUUGAUUAUGUAAUUACAUAUUCAACCCGGGAGGUCCAUGGAUGUUUUCAGGAGCUGGUCUAAGCUAGAGCAGAAAGGAUCACAAUUAUAACAGAGACCUCGAAUCCAUUAGUAAUGGCGGAACCGUACAACAUAUACGAUGCUCUUCAAGACAGAGGGUCUGUUUCAAGGCUUUCAUUUCCAGGUUAUGUAUCAACUGAAGCACCACCAUUGGCAUCUCAUAGUAUUCCGGUUUCUACUGAAUUUCCGGGUGCUUCUUUGGAUUUUCUACAAAGAGAUAUAAAUCCAUUGCAGCUGGGAUCAUAUGGUUUGAAUGGUUAUUCUGGUGUUGGGUUUCGUCCUGAACCUGUUAUUGGUGGAGUAAUGCCAGGAGCUAGUGGGAAGGGGUAUUCCUCUCCUCUAGAACAUCCGAGUUUAUUAGCCCAAAGAGGGGAUGCUUCAAUGCAUGCUAUUGGUGGAGCAAUUCCAGGAGCUACCGGAAAGGGGUACCCAUCUCCACUAGAAGAUCCAGGUUUAUUAAGCCAAAGAGGGGAUGCUUCAGUCCGUGUUACCGCAGAGAUUCCUGACGUGAUAAAUGACAGGCCUGGUUCAUUGAGAAGUGCAGAUGGUCCUCCAGUGCCGAAAGGGGAAUCAAACAUUCUUUUUGUUGAUGGACUCCCUACUGAUUGUACCAGAAGAGAAGUAGGCCAUCUUUUUCGUCCAUUUAUCGGCUACAAGGAAAUCAGAGUUGUUCACAAGGAGGCCAGGAAAAGUGGAGAUAGGGCUACUGUCUUGUGCUUUGUGGAAUUCACUGAUGCAAAUUGUGCUGCGACUGCCAUGGAAGCUCUUCAAGGUUACAAGUUUGAUGAUAAGAAACCUGACUCUCCUACCUUGAAAAUCCAAUUUGCUCGCUUUCCUUUCCGACUUCCAUCUGAUCGUGAUGGGAAACGGAUUGGGACCCACGCUAGCUGCUAGCUCAUGGCUGGGAUGAAGUCAAACUAUUGCCUUGGAUUUGUUAUGGUUCAGAGAGACACGUCUCGGCAUUCUGGAUUACAUGGUUGAACCGCUAGCACUGCCAAUUCACUUCUAUAGAUCAGAGGAGUAUAGGAAAUGGCUUGUUUCUCACAUUGGCGUUGUGGGUCGUUUACAUGUUAUUUAUGUUUGAAGCCCCACCCUUGUGAUGAUAUGGAAAUUUUAUUGUGUAUUUUUGCGCAACGAGUUUCUUGACUGAUACAAUUAUUUGACGUAAAAGUCCUAUUCAGGUAUAAUACUAUAAUCUGAUGUUCUAAUUAUAAAGGGCAAGCUACCUUCUUGAUCCAAGGAUUUAACCAUGAAAAUUAUAAUCAUGAUUACAUUUUACAUUAUUUUGGUGAUCUGUGGUCAGAUGUUCUGCGAAGCAAUGGUAAUCAAGCAAACCUCAACCUCUUGCUGUCCAGUUGGAGUCAGUUCAAGCUAGAGUUUAGUCGAACCACUCGCUGGGAAUACGCUGUCAGAAAAUCCUCCUCUUGAUUUUGACCUGAUUUACCCUAGCCCACGGGCCAUGUUCAAUACUGGCAUGAGCCCAUUGCAUGUUCUCUACUCCGGAGUUGUUUUAUUAUUAUUAACAAUUAACAACAAAAAA